CCAACACACCCGAUGGUCAAGUCUAAUCUAACUUACACUUAAACACUAGAUACUUCCGCUAGUUUCACUCUGAACUCAUUUAACACACCUAAAUCCAUUACGCAGGAUUAGAACUUAUGUUUUCUGACUAUAAUUACUAAAUAUUAGCUUAAAUGUGAAGUCACUGCAUGGAAGUAGUUUAGUUUAGUUUAAAAACUGAUGAUAUUCCCCUUGAUGGAAGUAGUGGAGAGGAGAGAUUGGUGUCUGAAUUGGAGCUCUCCCCUUCAGCUCCCGGAAGUAGGAGGAGUAGCGGAGCAUCUCACAUCAGUGUCAUGAGCUGCACUCAAAGUCACCGGCACAGUGUUGUUUUCGAGUUUCUCCUGCUGGCCAGUUCGUCAGAAGAAAUAUUAUUUUGUACCUAUUCGAACAGAAACUGUAGGGUUAAGUUACCGAUUACAUAUUAAGCAUGUCACUGUGCAUACUGUAGCAUAUCUACUCAUUCCUGUAAGCUAGUAGCUCGCUAGCCAGAUCAUGUGGGCGCUGUGAAUGCACCCGGUUACGUCAUGUUUUGAAUAAGCACAUGGCAUGUUCAGAGUAUUAACACUGAUAUAUCUUCAUUAUGAUACGACGCUGUCUACAAGCCGUGAGGAGGUUUAUUCCUCAUUACCAUGCAUUGUUUCAGGAUGCUGUCUCUCAGCGGGGUCUGGCUGAAAGCCCGGAGCUGUGGUGCUCGGCACACCGGAGCGCGCGAGGCCUGUCGAAGAUGUCGCUAUGGCCCUUCAGUGUGAGCCCGCGGGACUUCAGCCAGCCCAACACAUCCUGGAAUGCAGAAAUGCAGGAAGUUUAUGAUCAUUAUAAUGCAUUGUGUGAGGUUAAGACUGAAGAAGGCGAGAAGAAGGGGCCUUGGCGCAAGCUUCCCAGUUACAACCGCUCUCUCAAAUAUGCUACAGGAGGAGUAUACUUGAGUAAAAUAAUCCAGUCUAAAGCUAGACUCUUCACAAGGAACAUAAAAGAGCAUGGGGCAACGUUUGAGUAUGUGGUUUUUAUGAACAAGCAGGAGAAGAGAUGUGUGUGUGCUUUUCAGGCUGGGCAUCUACUGGAGGGACCUCCCGGACAUGUGCACGGUGGAGCAAUCGCCACCAUGAUCGAUACGGUGACAGGCACUCUCGCUGGUUACCUGGCUGGGCCUAUUAUGACUGCCAACCUCAAUAUCAACUAUCGCAGUCCAAUACCACUGGGUAGUGUAGUUGUGCUUCACAGUGCUCUGGAUCGGACCGAGGGCAAAAAAAUCUUUGUAACCUGUAGAGUGACCAGCACUGAUGAAUCCAAAUUACACACCGAGGCUACAGAAAUCCAGAUUCAGCAGACCAGGCUACGUUUUUCCAGUCUUGAACUGCCCUUUUUUGGUGAGCCUGUGCCCACUGCAGCCUCAGCUUUCUGUUCUUGAGAUCUGUUCACUGGAAUCAGAUUUUUUCCCCAUUCUGAUGGUUGAUGUGAUCAUUACCUGAAGUGAACAAAUUGUGUCACUGUUCAAUUUCUUUGUACAGUGAGUGCCCUGUACAAACACACAAUAAACUGACACUGCCCACUUUAUGUACAGUAUGUAUAGCUUUUAUAUAUACCUAAUAAGCUAUCAUAUCUUUUUUUUUAAUCUUUUUCGUAUGUUUUUAUCUUUUGGGUUGUCCAUACAUCCAUGUGUCUGUCUGACAUUCUCGUUAGUCAUCUCAAGAAUGAGUGGUUGAAUAUUUCUAGGAUAUAUAUUCCAUUUAUAUGGAAUUAUCAUUGAAACCAGCAGAUGAACUGAUUGUAUUUUGUAAUUGAUCCAAACAGGGUCAAGGUCACAGCUAGGGCAAAUGUCUGAAAUAGGUUUUCAAUAGAUCUCACAUACAUACAGACAACAUACAGAUAACAGCUAUAGAUGCCAGGAAACAUUUGCUGAAAACACCUGCCAGCCUGAGUGCAGGAUCUCUCUAUUGUGCAUAGAAGUCUUAAUCGCUGAAUCACAGAGGGUGCACAUUCCAUUAAUUACAUUACAAUUACAUUACAAUUACAAUGAAUUCAUAGAUCCUUGAAAUUCUUUUCAAUGUUAAAAAUGAUAAAAUCACUCUGUCUGUGUCUCUC